CUGGCACAGCUGAUACCAAACGAACCACAAUACGUGAACCAUAACGAUCUAACAUGCGUGCUGUACUCAUCCUCUCCGUUGUCCUGGCCGUGAUCCUUGGCGGCCAUGCCUACAGUGCCAGCUGGGGCAAAGUGAAGAGCGGCGAUUACAUUCUUUCCCGCCAAGUCGAGGUCCGUAAUCCCAUCAAGAACAACUACUGGAAUUUGAACGUCAAUUACGGUCCUGGAUUCUACAACAUUUCGGCUAUCUAUGUGUACGACAACUUCAAGAACAACUCCGGUGCUAGUCCCAGCCUUUACUCUGGCGGUCCGGGCUACCGUUUUGCCACCAUUAACCUCAAGGGUCAGGUCAACCGCGGCAUCAACUCCACCGUUGAGAUCUAUGGACGUUAAACUAUACUCUGAACUCUGAAUCUUAGAAAAAAUUCCAAUAAAAAUGCAUUUGUAGAAAUUAA